CAUCUUCUUCUUCUUCUAACUUUCUAUAGCCAUGGCAUACCACAAGCUCUUCUCAAUCAUCUUUGCUCUUCUUCUUGUUUUUCAAGUUCAUGGGAGUGUUGCUUAUAAGCCUAAAGUUUGCUAUAUCAACGCUAUUUAUAGUCUCGGUGACUCGAUCACCGACACCGGAAACCUUCUCCAUCUUGGCCUUGGUGGCUCCUUCACUCCCAUUGCCAACUUCCCUUAUGGACAGACCAUCCAUAAGGCCACAGGGCGAUGCUCCGACGGCCUUCUCAUUAUCGACUAUCUCGCUGAGGCUCUUAACCUUCCACUCAUCAACCCUUACUUAGAAAAGGAUGCCAACUUUGACAAUGGGGUGAACUUUGCCGUCGCUGGAGCCACCGCACUGGAAAGUUCGACAUUGUUGCAGAAGGGUAUUCUGGCGCCUUACACCAAUGCUUCACUUAGUGUUCAGCUUGACUGGUUCAAGACUUAUCUCAACUCCAAAUGCACCUCCAAAGAUGCUUGUGAGAAGAUGCUUGAUAGAGCUUUGAUCACUCUGGGAGAGAUUGGUGGCAAUGAUUAUAACUAUGCAUUCUUUGAAGGAAAACAGAUUGAUGAAGUCAAGAACUUGGUUCCACUUGUGGUGCAAAAGAUUACUAAUACUGCAAAGGAGCUUAUUGAAAUUGGAGCAAAACACAUAGUUGUGCCAGGGAAUUUUCCCAUUGGAUGCAUGCCAAGUUACCUCUCUGCAUUUGGUCACAAUACCGAAGAUUUCGAUGAUUUCAAAUGCCUGAAAAGUUUCAAUUCUUUUGCUAUGAUUCACAAUGAGAAGCUCCAAGCAUCACUUGCACAGCUUAGAGAAACAUACCCUCAUGUUCAGAUCAUGUAUGCAGAUUACUUCCAUGCAUUCAUGCAUCUCCUUGAAAAGGCUUCAUUACAUGGAUUUGAGAAGGAUUCAUUGAUGAAAGCUUGCUGUGGAGCUGGUGGAAAGUAUAACUUUGAUGCAACUAAGAUUUGUGGAGCUCCUGGAACAAGUGUUUGUGAGAAUCCAAGCAAUCACAUUAGUUGGGAUGGAAUUCAUCUCACACAAGAGGCUUAUAAGGUUAUGGCUAAAACACUAAUUAGUCCUGGUGGAUUUAUAAUUCCUUCUUAUGGAGUUCAAGGGCUGUGGAAGUGUUAUUAGAGUUUAUUUUAUCUAACAUUAAAUUUAGGGAUGAUUUCUAGUUAUAAUUCAUUUGUUUAGAUAUAUAGUAUUUUUCUU